UUCUUUCUCGUGCCUAAUUAUAGUUCUAGUGUUACAAAUGGGAAGCAUUGUUAUCGAUGAAAAUCGGCAACCAUUAUUGUUGGCGGAGGUGAUCUCCGCGAACUGGUUGCCAGAAAAUAAAAUUAAAAGAAGCGAGGAUGAGGAUGAUGAAGAUGAUGAAGAUGUGAAGACAAGAGUAUGGAUCGAAACUAAAAAAUUAUGGCACAUAGUAGGUCCAGCCAUCUUCAGCCGUAUAGGGACUUACAGCAUGAACAUUAUUACUCAAGGUUUUGCUGGUCACCUUGGUGAAGUUGAACUUGCUGCUAUCUCUAUUUCUAAUACUGUCAUUGUUGGUCUCAGCUUUGGUCUCAUUUUAGGAAUGGCGAGUGCAUUAGAAACGUUAUGCGGACAAGCUUAUGGAGCGAAAAAACAUCAUAUGUUAGGAAUAUACAUGCAGAGAUCAUGGAUCGUUAUCACAAUCUGUUGUAUCCUUCUCCUUCCCAUGUACCUAUUCGCUACCCCUAUUUUAAAAGCACUAGGUCAACCAAACGACGUCGCAGAGCUUUCAGGGGUGGUUGCGUUGUGGUUUAUUCCACUGCAAUUCAGCUUUGCUUUUCAAUUUACGAUACAGAGGUAUCGCUUUAUGUAUGAACUUUUCAAGGAUGAUUUUUGCCAACGUCAUUAA